ACGUUGAACUAAGCGGAAAGCAAUGCUAGUCUAGUAGGAUAAAUGUCCAGAAGACGUACAGUGUGUGUCGGUUGGUCAAGAUCAGAUUCAUUCAAUGAUUUUAAUGACGCCUCCCAGGCGAACUCUGUCGAAAGUGUAGUUUGCAGUUUUAAUUUAGCUCGAAGAUCCUAAUGGACACCAACGUCCAAAAUCCUCUGAGCUACAUGGACGACAAGCUGCAAUGGAUGGACGAAAGCAUCAACAUCGAGGAACCAUCGUUUGAAAUUAUCAGUGAGGAAAAUUCUGGCUCUGAGUGUGGCAAUGACCCAGUGGCCAGACCCAUCCCAGUCUUGCAGAUUUGGGAUCCCAACGUGCUCAGAUCGCAGCUGGAAGCUCUUCCAGAUGGUCCCGAUCUCAUAGACUUGAUAGACCGCGAAGCCAUAGCGAGUGUUUUAGCCAAAAACCGCCACACAGCAUUUCUGCUGGCCGCCUGGAUAGGAAAAGCCAAUAUACUGAGGGCCCUAAUAAACGAAGGCGUGCCCUUAAAUACCGUCGAUAAGACUGGGCGAUCCGCCCUACACCUGGCUGCCUACGCAGGUCAUUGUGACUGCGUUUGGCUCCUGCUUCAAAAUGGGGCCAAGAUGGAUGUGCAAGACUUGCUGAUGUGCGUUACCCCUUUGCACUGUGCAGCCAGCAUGGGCCACAUUGGCUGCCUGAAACUGCUGAUCAAGCAUGGAGCGCAUGUAAACAGCGGAAUCGAAAAGAAAAGCCCCUUGCAUUACGCCGUCCAAAAUCUGGCUGUGGACUGUGUGAAGGAGCUUCUGGAAAAUAACGCGAUCCCGAACACCCCGCAGGUGUACAGUGAAGCGCCGCUUCAUGUGGCGGCUGCUCUGGGCAAUGCGGAAGUGGUGAAGCUCCUGCUGCAGUAUGGGGCUGCAGUGAAAGUGCAAAGUGGCGAGGACAAGUUGACGCCGCUCCACCUAGCAGCCGAACAAGGCUACCCGAACUGCGUGCAGCUUCUGAUCGCUGCAGGCGCCAAUGUGAAUGCGCCGAAUCGAAAGCGCCAGACUCCACUGCAUGUGGCUGUGCUGGCGCAAUGCACGGAAACUUGCGAACUUUUGCUACAAAAAGGGGCCAGCGCCAAUGCUGCGGACAGUGACGGUCGCACCCCAUUGCACUGUGCAACUGUAAACGUGCAACGCUCCUGCGAAUGUGUACGCGCGUUGCUGCGCUUUGGAGCUGACCCAAAUGUGGCCGACGCUUAUGGCUACACCCCGAUGCACUCAGCGGCGCUGAACGAGUUUUCCAACUGCGUCAUCCUGUUGCUCCAGAACGGAGGCGACGUCACCUUGCGAACCAAAGGCGGCGUCUCAGUGCUGAAUUUCAUUACAAAAAAGACCCCCGAAGUGAUUCCCAUGUACAUCUCCAGGCUUGAUAAUGCAAUCCGGCUGAACCAGCACGACAUCGGCGACGUGGAUUGUCAAAUAAAAAUUGACUUCAGGAUUCUGGUACCCACCGUGGGAAACCAGGAAACAUCCCUGUUGACCAAUUUUAUUGAGGUGGGACACAAGGAGGUGCUCGAACACCCAUUGUGCGAGACGUUUCUGCUGCUCAAAUGGCGCAAAAUCAGGCACUUUUUCUUCUUCAGCCUCCUUUAUCAGACCGUGUUUGUUAAGCUGUUCUCGUUCUAUAUUCAAGGCGUUUACCUAAAGGACUGCCCCUCAGCGCGCCGAUUCAACUCGAAGAAAACCUGCCUGGCGGAUGAUAUCUACAUGGACAUUGGCUAUUGUCUGAUCGGGCUCAAUGUUCUACUGAUGUUCAAGGAACUGUUCCAAAUACUCCACAGCUGGAAGACGUACAUUCUGGAAUGGGAAAACUACCUCCAGUGGGGCAUCAUUAUAAGCGUGUUCUGCUGCGUGCAGCCCAUGUACCAGAUGAACAUACGCGAAUAUGUGUUCACUUGGCAGCACCACGUGGCGGCCGCCAGCGUAUUCUUGGCCUGGGUCGAACUGAUGAUGAUUGUUGCUCGCUUCCCCACUUUCGGCGUGUACGUCCAAAUGUUCACCACUGUUUCAAUCAACUUUUUCAAGUUCAUGUGCGCCUAUUUGUGCCUCAUUAUCGCUUUCACCUUGUGUUUCGGCGUCAUCUUCGCCAAUUAUCCGGCCUUCAAGCAGCUGCAGUUCGCCUUCAUUAAAGUGAUAAUCAUGAUGUCCGGGGAGCUGGAGUACGAAGACGUCUUUUACUCGGAUAAGUACGAAAUCAAGUACCCGUACACCGCUCACAUCGCUUACUUGGUUUUCGUAAUUCUCGUCACUAUCGUUUUGUCCAAUCUCAUGGUCGGCAUGGCCGUUAACGAUAUACAAGGUUUACAAAAAAGCGCCAACUUGGAUCGGCUGGUGCGUCUGGUUAGACUCAUGGCCCACUUGGAGAGUAUGCUGUUUUCGAACUUGCUCAAAUGGGUACCGUUGAAGGUUCUGGUAUUUUUGCAUUCGAGCGCGCUGCUGUUGAAGUCGCAAAGAGACUUUACCCUAAACAUCCGGCCAAAUGAUCCGCGGGAAAACAAAAUACCGAAAAACUUUAUUGAAAACGCGUUUCGACUGGCCGUCGCUAAAAACCCACACCAAUCGAAGUCGUCCAGCAAGACUGGCAAUUCGAAAAAAAAGCUAAGAAACAUGGAGCAAAUUGAGCAGGAACUCACCGCGGAAAUGACUCGAAUCAUCAAGCAUAAGCUGGAGAAAGUCAAGCUAGAAUUGCGUGAUAAUUAACCAGUUAUUAAGUACUUAUUCAUUGUGUUUAGCAGCUUUUAGUAUUACUGUUACUGUGAUAUCGAGUCCAAUGCCACCUCUUGCAAUUUAAUUCAAAUAAAUUCCUGGGUUCCAGUCAA